AUGGCAUCAGACUGCCUUUUCAAGGAGCUGACGGUGAGAGCAGCUCGGAAGCGGCGAGGAGGAGUCGGGGCUGCGGCCCAGCUGGGUCUGCGGGGCGCGCGGCCUCUGCGAGGCCGCUGGAUGGAUCUCAAUACAUCCUCCCAGUGUUUUAGAAGCGCCCGGGCCCUUUCCCCGUAUCGCAGACGCGUCACCCGCGUCCACGUGGAGCCCCGCCUUGGGUCCACCGCGGCGGGGGCGGCCGGCACCGGGCGGCGGCGGCGGCGGCCAGGCCGCCGGGGGGCGCCUUUCGCCCAGACGCCACUGCGGGCCGGCCGGCCGGACGGGCGGGGGGCGGGCUCGGCCGUUCCGCAGCCCCUCCCCGCGCAGCCCCGCGCCCGCGCCCGAGGCCGAGGCGUCGGGGACCCGAAGGCUGUGAUCCUGGCGCUCGACUUGGCCUCAGACGUCUUCGUCAUGCGGGUGCUGCUGGAGGAUUCCUGGGAGAUGUUCCGAGGGACAGGCUGCCGCAGCGACAUGACGGUGCGGGAGCUCAAAGAGGAGCUGGACCUAAUAGCCGGCAUCCCCUUCCACCUCCAGCGGCUCCAGUACCUGGACCAAGGAAUUUUGAUGGAUGACGCUCCGCUGAAGUUCCACGAUGUUGUUCCUGGUGGAAUUAUUUCAUUAUGUAUCUGGCAUUAUGAUGGAUGGACGGAACUGGUUUUGGCGGCUGUGGAAGAGGAUUCCAGUAAGCUGUCUUGCCUCGGUGUCGCCGAAGAUUCUUCCUACCGAACAACAAAUUCACAGCAUUUUGAUGACAAGCAGUGGAAGACGUGGAUUUCUCAAAGAGCGUUCAUGGCGCUAUACGUUGCCUCACACAGGGGUCACUCAGAGGCUGUUCAGUACCUUCUAGAAGACGGUGCCAACUGUCAGGGCAGAUCCCCCGUGGGCAGGACGCCCCUGCACGUGGCUGCAGCCAUGAGCCGGCUGGACUGUGUCAGCCUCCUGCUCAAAUAUGGGGCCUCCAUCGACGACAGAGAUGCCAAGGGGGAGACGCCCAUGUCCCUUGCCCGCCGCCUGAGCUGCAGCCAGAGUAGGCGGCGGAUGUUCCUCUUCUGCUGGAUGGUGAAGCUGGGGACAAAGGACCCAAUGGACCCUGUCGUGAACAAGGCUUUUCAGAGAGUCAAGGCCAGGUUUGGAUCCAAGAAGGAGAACAAAUCGUAGCUCCACCUGGGAACGUUUGCAUGUCAGCUCUGACUUGGGGUAACUUUCCUGAGUUCAGAUCCACGGCGGCCAGUGGCUUUGGGUGAGGAGGAAGGCUGGGAAACGUGGCAGUUCCUCUGAAUCAGAUAUGAAACCAUCUGUCCUAUUUGUAAAUGACUUGAGGAGGGUAUUGAUGGAAGUGGGUGUGUUUGUGUUCAUUUCCUAAGUCCACACAGACCUAACGGGCUCCCAUGCCAGCCUUUACUUUUGAGCUAUUUGUCCAUUGUAUCCAGUAACGCUGCUUGGGGUGAUGGGAACCAAUUACCUUCUCUCCCGUCUGGACACCAUCUAACGCAUUGGCGUAAUAGGGGUCAUAGCCGUGAUGAGAGUAGCUCUGUUGUUACGGUACAAGACCAGCACAGGCAAACGUCACCAGGCCGUGGGCAGUGUGACCUGUGAAUUUCAGUUUGUAAACUUCAUGGCACUAGAUGCUCCCUAAGCUAGCAAUGUUCCAGAAGUUUUCCUGAACCUUUCCAGAGGGGUCUGCUGCCUGAGUCUGAGGUGGGGCUGGGCGAGAAGCCAGGCUGACCUGGGGGGCAUCUAAGAGCUUGGUUCUCCACAGGGGCGCCUGGUUACUCUUGGUGAAAGGUGAUAAGCUGGCACUGGAUUUGGAGGAGACGGUGUAAAAGGUGAUGAGGAGCUCGUAAGGGGAAGGAUUUGAGCUGGCAGCUUCCUUUUUCCUUUUGUCCCACCCCCAAAGGUCCAAGCACCCGCCUCCCACUAGCUUUCUCCUUUCCUGCUAGAACUGGGAUAGUUCCAGCAUCCCUACUGUGGGGCAGCGUCUAUGCUGAACUCUGGGCUCGACACCCACAAAAGCUGCCCUGUGGGUGAGUGAGCUGGGUGUGGGAGCCGAGAGGGAGGGGUGAGGACUGGGGCGGACUGACACGCACACCCUUGUCUGAAGUGGGCACUGUGACUCAGCUGCAGCAGAAAGGUGAGCCAAAGGCAGCUAGAUCUUUGCAGAGCUUCCCAGAGCUGGAAACCUGGCUUGUUGAUCUAAGUCCUGAUUUUUUUUUUUUUUUUUUU